CCGACAGACGUGCUGUCGUAAACCGGUGAAUGGCUCCUGUGUGGUAAGCGGGGGGGAGAGGCGAGCGGGUGAGUGAGUGUGGCGGCGGCGGCUCUUCCCUCCGAGGUGCGGUGUGUCCCGCUCCGCCGCCCAGCGACAUGGAUCCCAACAGGAUCAUCCAGGCGCUCAAGGGCACCAUCGACCCCAAGCUGCGCAUCGCGGCCGAGAAUGAGCUCAACCAGUCCUACAAAAUCAUCAACUUUGCUCCUAGUCUGCUACAAAUAAUUGUUUCUGAUCAAGUGGAAUUUCCAGUCCGACAGGCAGCUGCCAUUUACUUGAAGAACAUGGUGACCCAGUACUGGCCAGAUCGAGAGCCACCGCCCGGAGAGGUGAUAUUUCCAUUCAACAUUCAUGAAAAUGAUCGGCAGCAGAUUCGGGAUAACAUUGUGGAAGGCAUUAUCCGUUCUCCAGACUUAGUAAGGGCUCAGCUGACAAUGUGCCUCCGUGCUAUCAUCAAACAUGACUUCCCCGGCCACUGGACAGCAGUAGUAGACAAGAUAGGCUAUUACUUGCAGUCUCCCAACAGCGGGAGCUGGCUUGGAAGUCUGCUCUGCCUGUACCAAUUAGUGAAGACCUAUGAGUACAAGAAGGCUGAGGAGCGAGACCCCCUUAUUGCUGCCAUGCAAAUAUUCUUGCCUCGGAUUCAGCAGCAGAUGAUCCAGCUCCUUCCUGACAACUCUCAUUACUCUGUGCUCCUUCAGAAACAGAUCCUAAAAAUUUUCUAUGCACUGGUUCAGUAUGCACUGCCACUUCAGCUGGUGAAUAACCAAACCAUGACUCAGUGGAUGGAGAUUUUCCGGACUGUCAUUGACAGAAGUGUGCCCGCUGAGACUUUGCAGAUUGAUGAAGAUGACAGACCAGAAUUGGUGUGGUGGAAAUGUAAGAAGUGGGCUUUGCGUAUUGUUGCUCGCCUUUUUGAAAGGUAUGGUAGCCCCGGGAAUGUAACAAAAGAGUACUUUGAAUUUUCUGAGUUCUUCUUGAAAACGUAUGCUGUGGGAAUCCAGCAGGUACUCCUAAAAAUUUUGGACCAGUACAGGCAGAAAGAAUAUGUUGCUCCACGUGUCCUUCAGCAGACCUUAAACUACUUGAACCAAGGAGUCCAUCACUGUAUAACCUGGAAACAGAUGAAGCCUCAUAUGCAGACUCUGUGUGAAGAAGUGAUCUUCUCCUUAAUGUGUUAUAAAGAUGAGGAUGAAGAGCUCUGGCAAGAGGACCCCUAUGAGUACAUCCGCAUGAAAUUUGAUGUGUUUGAGGAUUACGCCUCUCCUACCACAGCGGCCCAGAUUCUUCUGUAUACCGCAGCAAAAAAGCGAAAAGAGGUGUUACCGAAAAUGAUGGCAUUUUGCUAUCAGAUCCUCACUGAGCCCAACAUUGAUCCUAGGAAGAAAGAUGGGGCAUUACAUGUGAUAGGAUCCCUAGCAGAUAUUUUACUGAAAAAAAGUAUAUUCAAGGAUCAAAUGGAGCUGAUGCUACAGAAUCACGUUUUUCCCUUGUUCAUGUCCAACCUGGGGUAUCUGAGAGCAAGAUCCUGCUGGACUCUUCAUUCAUUCAGCACACUGAAAUUCCACAAUGAACUCAACCUAAGGAAUGCUGUUGAGCUCACAAAGAAGAGUCUGAUUGACGACAAAGAGAUGCCUGUCAAAGUGGAGGCCGCCAUCGCCCUUCAGUCACUGAUAAGCCAUCAGGAGCAAGCAAAGGAAUACAUUAAGCCCUACAUCAGGCCUGUUAUGCAGGAGCUGCUGCUCGUCGUUCGGGAGACUGAGAAUGAUGAUCUCACCAACGUCAUCCAGAAGCUGAUUUGUGAAUACAGCCAGGAAGUCGCAACGAUUGCUGUUGAAAUGACGCAGCACCUGGCAGAGAUAUUUGGCAAAGUUCUUCAAAGUGAGGAGUAUGAAGAAAUGGAGGAUAAAACAGUUAUGGCCAUGGGAAUCCUGCAUACGAUCGACACAAUCCUUACUGUGGUGCAGGAUCACAAGGAGAUCACUCAACAGCUGGAGAGCAUUUGUUUACAGAUCAUUGGCCUUGUCUUGCAGAAGCACGUAAUAGAGUUCUAUGAAGAAAUCCUCUCUCUAGCAUACAGCUUGACGUGCCAUCUUAUUUCGCCUCAAAUGUGGCAGCUCCUAGGUGUCUUGUAUGAAGUGUUUCAGCAGGAUUGCUUUGAGUACUUUGCAGAUAUGAUGCCUCUCUUGCACAACUAUGUCACUGUCGAUACGGAUACUUUAUUGUCAAAUCCCAAAAAUUUAGAGAUCAUUUACAGCAUGUGUAAAAAGGUAUUAACUGGUGAUGCCGGGGAAGAUGCCGAGUGUCACGCAGCCAAGCUCCUAGAGGUCAUUAUUCUGCAGUGCAAAGGGAGGGGGAUUGACCAGUGCAUCCCGCUCUUUGUAGAAGCUGUUCUUGAGCGCUUAACACGAGGGGUUAAAACAAGUGAGCUGCGUACCAUGUGUCUCCAGGUUGCCAUAGCUGCCCUUUACUACAGCCCUGAACUACUGCUGCAUACUUUAGAGAACAUCCGGUUUCCUCACAACCCAGAACCCAUUACUGCACAGUUUGUAAACCAGUGGAUGAAUGACACGGAUUGUUUUCUUGGUUUUCAUGACAGGAAGAUGUGCAUCAUAGGGCUGAGCAUCCUGAUGGGGCUGCCAAACCGACCUCCGGCAGUGGAUGCAGUAGGCGCUCAGAUUGUUCCAUCGGUUCUCCUCCUGUUUCUGGGCCUCAAACAAGUGUGCGCCACACGGCACCAUACAGAACAUGAAGAGCAUGCCAAAACAGAGAAGAACGAUGCAGAAGAGAAUGAAGAGAUUCCAAGUGAUGAAGAGGAGGCAAAUGAAGUAAGCCAGGAGAUGCAGGAGAACCAUGCCGGUGGCGGCGGUGAUGCAGGAGACGAAGACGAUGAUGAUGAUGACGACGACUGGGAUGAUGAUGCAUUGGAAGAAACUGCUUUGGAAGGCUUCAGCACUCCUAUUGACCUGGAAGAUGGUGUGGAUGAAUAUCUGUUCUUUACACAAGCACUUCUGGCGGUGCAAAGCCGAGACGCAGCCUGGUACCACCUGCUGACAGCACCGCUCAGCGACGAUCAGAAGACGCAGUUGCAGGAAAUCUGUGCAUUAGCUGAACACCGAAGGAGUUCUGCAGAAUCGAAAAGGAUAGAACAGCAAACAAGUUUCACGUUUGAUAACAAAGGACUGGUUUCUUCAUUUAACUUUGGCAAUGCUCCAGGCAGCAACUGAAGGGAGGAGGCAGCGGAAAAGCUUAAAAGACUCUGCAGAAUAUUUCAUUAUUGCAUUUUAUUAUAAAGCUUUUGUGACUUGUGAACGGUCAUGAGAAGGUAAUCGAGUGCUGUGGAAGAUUUCCUUUGGGAAAGGCUAUAGAUGACGCUCUUCCCCCUCAUUAGGACACUCUUUCUAACCAGCUACUGUAAUGUAUAAAUUCUUGUGGUAUUUUUAUAAGUUGUUGGACUGAAAAGAAAGUAUCUUCUCCCCACUCCUCUCGCUAAAGAAGCGGAGAAGCAGCCGUGUGAAACUGGAUUGAGUUGCACUUCUCAGGUUUUUGCCAUGUGAAAUUGAAAGGGGUCCUAUGGAUAACAGUGCCUUCUGUUGUAUAUGGAGCCUGAACAAAAUAAUUUUGGAGUGCAUAGUACUUUUCUUUUGAUCACCCUACCCCCCUUUUUAAGAGAGGACAUCUUUGGCACUCUUCAGUUCUUGCUUUUCACAUACUUCUGUUAUCUUCUAGUGACACUGUGGUUGUAUUUUGUCAGUCACUAACAUCUCAUUGUUGGCUCCACAAACUUCUCGGCUUCCCACCAUUUGUGUGCAUCAAGGAUAACACCUCUGAGAGUAGUCGAAAAUAUUCAUGACUUCACUUCAGAAAGCAGAUCUUCCUGUGAAUAACAAAUCCCCCAAUCCCCCUUUUAUGUUGGCCAAGGCUUUGAAGUUCAUUAGCACAGUCUACCUUGAAGCAAUGCUCUCAAUGUCAUCUUGUCUCCCAUGGAACCCACUGCAGAAGAUUCUGGGGCAUAUUCUGAGUUGCACAAUCGGACCACUUGGGGCAAUGACUGAGCCUGUUGGCCUCCAUGUUUCCAUAUGUGACUGACUGUGUGACCUGGAACAAACUUAAUACACCCCUACAGCUGUACUUUGCAAGGGAAGGCUAGUAGCAGUAGGCAGUUUGUCUUGGGAGGGGAGCUUGUCUGCCAUUACUGAUGUUCUCACUGGGGAGUCCUUGAAUAGUGUCUGAGGAACUGGAGGGUUCCACAGAACAGUUUGAAAGUCCCCAUUUUAAUGGAAAUGAGGGCACUGGGCAUCUUCAGAAAAACAGUUUGUAGAAAUUGCAGUGAUGCUCCUGGCCUAGCAGAUUCAGAUCUAAAGCUUUAUCAAUGCUGACAUGGAUUUUUUGAUGGGCCAGAAAUCGAACUGUGGGGUAUAUAAGUAGUUAUCAACUUCAUAUUGUCCUUGCCCAUCUUUGGAAGAAUGGGAUUGUACAUUAGGAUCUUGAGAACUCCUUUCACUUGUGUUGAGGGUCACUAUCCUUCCAGCCAUGUCAAUGAUAAGAAUCUAGGCUUUAAAUCAUUGCUUUUAUUGGUAAUAAAUCCAGCUCCUAUCACUCACUCACUAUCCAUGAUGAAGUGAUCAUUUUAAUUUGCCCUAAGGCUUCAAGAUCAGUCUUCAAUAAAUUCAAAAAUUAAGUUGGGCUCUGUGUGUUGGUGAAUAUAAUGUGAGCAAAAUAGACAGAAUGGUUGGAGGAGGGAACUAUGUUAAAAUGGCUUGCUUUGCAUAACAGGGGGCAAGGAACCGAGUGAUCAGGGUUAGGGUGGGGACUUAUUUGAGCCCCAGAGCCACCAGUUGCUUACCUAUCAGACUAAAGGGUUUUCUGCUGCUUAUCCCUCUCCAGCUUCCCCCAGCCCCUCUACUGUGGUGGCAUGUCUUUUGCACACCCUAACGUUCUGUGCUUUCCUAAACAGUCAGUAUUAAAGCUGUAUGACCUUUUAGCCUCAUUGGUUUUCCAGGCACACUUGAGUGCUGUACCUUGUGAGAUAUUUUGAAUUUGUGUAAGGCUGCUCAUUGAAAACAUGUGCAUACUCAGUCGAUUACGAAGGGUGUGUGCAUAUUGACAGGGGUGGCCUCUUCCUCUUAAAAUGUGAUGUGUUAAGGGGGCAAGGGUCACAACCUCGUAUCGGAGUACUUGAAAAGUAAAAACUGUGCUUGAAACAUGAA